AUUUUUUCAUGUACGUACAUUUGUUUUUAGGUCAGUUCUUGCAAUUGUUCAAGUAAACAAAUGUAAGAAAUAAGUCAAACAACUUUGUUCUUUUGCUAACUUAAGCUAUUUUGGUUUAAAAUAAAAAUUUCCAGAAACAAAAAUGGGGUUUUCCAUAUAAUGAUUAGAAACGUAGAUUUUAUUACUACAUGUGUUGAUAUAUAUAUUACUUCAUGUUACACUCUUGUCUAUUUUAAAAAUAUGCUAAUUAUUUGGUCUGAAAUAAAUCCAAUAUAUAACCUUAUACACUCAUCACUUGGUAAAGACCCCGUGCAAAUCUAAACUAUUAAAAUUGAAGUACAAAUAAAUUUUAACCCUAAGUUUUCCUUAAUAAUUACUAUUCAAUGUCAUUGACCUUAUAAAUAGCAAUUUCCAUAAAAAUUGUUACGAAAUUGUCUAAUAUUUAGUUACCUAAUAGAUUUAGAAGAUAUGCAAUCUUUCAUUUACUUUUAAAUCAAAAAGCCAAUUUUACAAUUCAUAAAAAAAACUAUAAAUAAUAUAUUAAAUUAUCAUAUUAUAUUAUUGGUUUAUUAAAAAUUAAAUUAAUCAAAAUCGUUUAAAUUUUCAGAAUAAUAAAACUAACUGAGUUAUAUUUAAUUAAUUAGUAUCUUCUUAUUUAAUUAGUACAAUAAUGUAUGUAUUUAGUUUUAAACGUUUACAAAAGCAACUAUCCAUGCGGACGCACAAGUCAAGAUGUAGUGAUUAUUUAAUCUUAAAUGAAAGACAUAUUGUUAAACAAUACAUUACAGGCUUACAGCUAUAAAUCUUAGUUGCAACACAUUUUUUCAAAAAAAAAUAUAAUUCAUAUACAUUUUGUGCCUUUAAACUCCUUCUAAUUGUCCUCGAAAUAGUACAAUUAACCUAAUUUUAUUAUGUGCAUGUAAUUGGCUGUAAUCGAUCCAUAUAUGCUAACUUAUUUUUCAAUAUAUAGAGAUACUUAUAUAAUAAACUAAUUUGAGAAAUCAUAGUUAAAUAUAAUAUAUGAGUUAAUGAAAACUUUCUUUUUCCAUUAUCAUAAGUUUGAAAGGCUUAUAAUCUUGGCGUGGAGACAAAGUUUAAUAUUCAAACUAGAUUUUGAUCUGCACGCCCGCGCGGAUGUAUAUAUGAUGCAAUUUGUAUUUUUUAUUAUUCUAUUUAGGGUUGGGCAAAAAACUCGAAUUCGAAGAACCGAACUGAUCCCAAUUCUGAAUAAGUAGUAUCAAAUCCGAACCGAAAUUGAUUAAAUAUCUGAAUUAUUCAAAACUUUGGUAUUGAAUAACUGAAACCUAAUCCGACCUGAACCGAAAUAUUUUGGGUAUCCAAAAUAGAUUUAUAUACUUAUGAAUAUUAAUUAUUUUUAGAUUUAUUAUAUAUAAAAACAUUCAUAAUAUAUAUGAUACUUUUAAGUUCGUUUAAAUACUUGAAAAUAUAUACAAAUAAUCAAACGUAAAUAUCUAAAAUAGUUAAAAUAUACUCAAAACUCCAAAAAUACUUAAAUAAUUAUAAAUUAUCUAUCCAAAUAUUUAAACCUAACCAAUUUAUAUCUUAAGUUAGGUACUCUGACAUAUGUUAUUCAAAUUUAUAUGUAAUAUAUUCUAUUGUUUAUAGAUUUUUUUAAAAUAUUAAAUUAUAUAAUAAAUUUUUAAUUUUUUAAAAAUAAUUUAAAUUGGUUAUCCAAAUCCGAACCAAAUUCUCAAAAAUUUGAACCGAACACGAAAUCCAAAACAGAUCCGAAAACGAACCCAAACGCCCAUCCCUAAUCACUAUUAUAUAUCCUAUAUGUGUCAUCAUAGGUUACAAAAAUAUGUGUUAUCAUAUAAUUAAUCAUAUUUUAUACGUACAAUCAAAUAAGUAAUCUUAUAAUUAAUAAUAUUUUAUACGCACAAUCAUGUAAAUAAUCACAUAUAUUAUAUUUUUAAAUUUUAAUGUGAAAUAUAAAGAUCAUAAUUUAAGUGGGUGUUUGAAUUGGGCUUUGUAUUGUAUUUUUCUUAUAUAUAUUGAAAAUAUUUUUAUAAUGGUUAUUCGAAAAUAUGUUAGUAAAAAACAAAUUUUGAAUAUGUAUAUUUUUAAUGAAUUCUUGAUAUAAUCAAUUUUAAAUCAUUAUUUUGAUUUGAUAAUGUAUAUCAAGUAACAUAAGUCCAUUAUUUUUUAAUAUAAUGUAAUGAAGUUCUAAUUUUUUAAUGACAUAAGCCCAUUUUGUUUUUCUAACUUAUUCGUAUCAAUGUUUCCAAACAACACUAUUUUCUUAACUGCUAUCUAUGUUGCCAAAUAAAAGUUUAAAGUACUUCUACUUUAAUAAGAUAGAUGACAAUUAUAAUUUUUCCUAAUAUGUGUAUUAUCAUAAAUAAGAAGACAUUAAUGCAACUAGAUUUUUGACUCGCGCUACGCGCGAGUUUAUUUUAAUAAUUUGUAUCAUUUUAUACUAAUUUUAAGAUAAUGAAGUACAAUUGGUUUAUAUACAUUUUAUAUGAAUUUUUAUUCGAAGUAUGCUUUAUUAUUUUUUUAUUUAGAUUUUUUUUAUACAAUUAUAGUCUUUAAAAAACUAAUAUUUAGAUAUCUUUUUUUGUAUAUGUAAAUGCGUAAGUGUAUUUAUAAACAUGUUUAUAUUGUUUAUUAAUCUUUUAUAUAUUUUUUAUUAAUCAUAUUUUAAAAAUAUAUAUUGAUCAUUUUAUUCAUAUUAAAAAAUAAUACACUGUUAUAAUAAUUUUUAUUAUAAUUGUUUUAUCUAUUUAUCUAUUUGAAAAACAUAAGAACUUAAUGUAUAUGCACAAUAUCUAGCUUUACUUUGUAUUAACCAAAUUUUUACAAUGAAAGAAAACUUAUUAUAUAUUUUUGUGAAUAUCUCUAUUUGAAAUAAUCAUCCUGAAGUCGCUUAAAUGCAUAUUUGUUUGUAUUAUAUUUAGAGUUAAAUCAUAAUAUAUAUUUUUAUGAAAUUUAAAUAGUAAUAUUAUUUUAGAUAUAACAAAAAGAAAAAUAAAUAUAUACAACUUUAAACUAAUGUUAAAUAAUAUUUUAUUUAUUAAAAUAAACAUAUAUAACUAAAAAAUAUUAUAUACAUCUUCUACUUGAUCUAGUUACAAUAUUAAUUAAUGGCGUGAUUAUGAUGUUUUAUUAGUUCAGAUCAUAUUUCAUAAACUUAGAUAUUAUAUUUUCCAACUGACGAAUAUAUAAUGAAUAUUUUUCAUAUCUUUAUUUUCUGUUGUCACUGAGAACGUGAGACUAUACUCUAAUGUCAAUAUUUUUUGUAAAUAUUAUUAGAAUUUUAAACUAAUAUACUUUAAUUAUUAGCCUCUUUGAUUAUUUUAUGUUGUCGUAUGUUUUAAUAACAUUUUGUUUCAAGUAUCUUUCAUUGAUAGAACUUGGUGAGAUCAUUUUUAAUUUUAUAUGUUAUGUUAAUUGCUUUAAUAAAUUUUCAUAAGCAUAUGUCCUAUAAAUUCUAUCGGUGAAUUACACUAAAGACUUAUGAAAAGUCACCAUAUAGUUUGCAUAAUUUUAAUGACCAUAUUCAAAAAAGCUUAUUGAUUAUAAAAUAUUUAGAGUUUUUCUUAAAAACAUAUUUGAUUAGUUUAAUGAAUAUUUUGAUAAUGAUUUUCUUAUAACAUAUAUGUCAAAAUUUAUUAAAUUUAAAUUUUUGAUUACUAUAUAACUAUGUUUAUUCAUUUAUUGAUAAAAACAGCUUGAGAACACAUAGUUAAAAGAUUUUAAAAAACAGAAAUAAACAACUUGUUUAACAAUAUAUUUCUUACAUAUGUAAACUAUUGUUACAAUCACUUAUUUCUUACAGAGCUUUGUAACUUAUUGUAAACUAAAUAAUAAAUUGGCUCAGUAAAAAAAAGAAUCACAAUCAACCAUUAUUUUUCUAAGAAACUCAUAUAACAUAUUAUAAAUUUACAAUAUUUUAUAGCUGAGACCGAUAUAAAUAAAAAACAAAUACUAAAUUUCAGUUUACAUUUAUAUUUAUUGGCUCAUAUUAAGUACUAUGAUAUUAAUUAUUUAUUUUAUUUUGAUUUAUAAGCUAUAUGUAUGUUUUGACAUACUUUAAGACAUAAGUUUAUAAUUCUGACGUUAAUUAAUGAAGAGUUAGCAUAUAUAUCAAGUAAGUAUUUUUUUAAUUUUUUUUAAAGAAAAUUUAAGGUUUAUAAAAAUAUUAACUUAUGAUGCUGACAUUAAAUAUUAUUAUUGAUAUUUUAAGUUAUUUCUGAUUUUUAAAGGAUAUAGUCCAUAUCGUAUUAAAGGUUACAUACAUAAUUAGAUUUUUUCUUGUCAAUCUCUUAUUAUGUUAGUUUUCAAUAAUUAGCUAUAAAUAUCAGUCUAACUUUAAAGAUAUUUUUUUACAAAUUUUAAUUUAUCUUUUUAUAGUUUUUAUUGAUUUUUAUUUAUUUUUACAUACGUGAUUAUUUAUAAAUAAUUUGUUUUUUUAACUUUAUUUCUUUUUGAAAUAUUUUUAUUUUUGUUAUUUUCUGUUUAAUGUCAAAUAUAUAUUUAUUUUAUAUAUCAAGUUAAUUAUUUUUAAUAAAAUAAUAUCUUUAUUUAAUUUAUCAAAUUAAAAUGCUGAUUUUUUUAUAUUAUUAUAAUGAUAUUUUUAAAUUCUAUGUGAACAAUAUAUAUAUCCUAAAUUUUGAAAUCAUAUGUUAUAGAUUCAUAUGUAAUGAAAUAGUGCUUUAGAUUUAUAUUGUCUUUAUUAUUUCAAAUCCUUAUAUUUUUAAGAUUAUUUUAGUUACUUAAUUUUAUGUUGAUCUUCUAAAGAGUUAAUUUUUAUAAUAAACUAAUUCUUUUAGUUAUUUUUUUGUUAGUUAAUUUUAUGUUGGUCUUUCAAAGAUUUAGUUUAUAUACCAAAUUGAUUCCUUUAAUAAUUUUGCCUUUUUCACGAAAUUGAAAAGUAGUUUCCUUUUUAUUUUGAAAUAAACAUUUUUUCUGAAAAUCUUGAAAUUUUUAAAAUAAUAAUUAAAAUGGUAAUUUGAAAUAUUUUGGUGCUUUAAAAUAAUAUGUGGAUAUUUUCAAUGAUUUAAUGCAUCAAAUUAAAUAUAGUACAUAUUUUUGUUGAAUGUUAUAUAACCUAAAUUUGUAAAUAGUGUGUUUUAGAUUUAUAUAGAUAUAAUUGUUUGAAAAUAUUGCAUUUUAAAAUUAACUAUUAUAUUUGUUUGUUAUUUUUAUGUUAGUUUUCGAAAAUUUAUUUUAUAUAGUAUAGAUUUGUACAUGGUUUUUUUAAUUUUGUAAGUUUAAUUUAUUUGAGUACUUAUUUAUAUUUUAUUUUGAAAUAAAAUGUUUUGUAAUAUUAACACUUUUAGAAAUACCAAAAAAAGACAAUUGGUAUAUGUUUUGGUGCUUUAAAAUAAUAUAUGAACAUUCUGAAUGAUUAAUAAUAUCAAAUUAUAUAUAGUAUAUGUUAUUUUUGAAUAUUUUCAAUAGUAUAUCACCUAAAUUUUGAAAAUCAUGAGGUUAAAUUUAGAUUUAUAUAGUUAUUUAAAUCUAAAUCAUGAGUAUGUAUUUUAAAUUAAAUAUUAUUUUGGUUAUUUCUUUUUAAUUUUUGAAAAAUGUUAAACAUUAUGUUAAAUUAAUAUAGUAUUUAUAAUUUUGCAAAUUUACCUUAUUUGAUAUCAAUUUAUAUUUUAGUUUAAAAUAAAUGAUUGUUUUUUUUUGUAAUAUUAACAUUUUUCAAAAUAGUAAACUAAAAUAAUGAUUUGUCAUACUACGAUUGGUCGUUUAACAUCCUAAUGGACGCUUUCAAUGGUUUAUAGCCUCAACUUUUAUAUAGCACAUGGUUUUUUUAAUUUUGUAAGUUUAAUUUAUUUGAGUACUUAUUUAUAUUUUAUUUUGAAAUAAAUUUUGUUGUAAUAUUAACACUUUUAGAAAUACCAAAAAAAGACACUUGGUAAAUGUUUUGGUGCUUUAAAAUAAUAUAUGAACAUUCUGAAUUAUUAAUAAUAUCAAAUUAUAUAUAGUAUAUGUUAUUUUGAAUAUUUUCAAUAGUAUAUAACCUAAAUUUUGAAAAUCAUGAGUUUAAAUUUAGAUUUAUAUAGUUAUUUAAAUUUAAAUCAUGAGUAUAUAUUUUAAAUUAAAUAUUAUUUUGGUUAUUUCUUUUUAAUUUCUGAAAAAUGUUAAACAUUAUGUUAAAUUAAUAUAGUAUUUAUAAUUUUGUAAAUUUACCUUAUUUGAUAUAGAUUUAUAUUUUAGUUUGAAAUAAAUGAUUAUUUUUUUUGUAACAUUAACAUUUUUCAAAAUAGUAAACCAAAAUAAUGAUUUGUCAUACUACGAUUGGUCGUUUAACAUCUUACGUGGAUGCUUUCAAUGGCUUAUAGCAUCAACUUUUAUAUAGUAUAGAUUUUAUUUUGACAUCAAAAAAGAUUUCUACUUUAAUAUAUUGCAAAGUGUUAUUUAUAUUAAAAUAUUUAAAAUACUGUAUAAGAAACAAAAAUAAAUUUGCCAAACACAUAGCUAAACUUUAUUUAUAAAUGCAUUUCAGAGUUAACUUUUUAUCGGCCCAUGUUUCAUUAGUUGAAAACCCACUACGGGUGAUACAAAUGACGAUGAUCAAAGCUCCAUCCUGCCAUCAUUUACAACUUUGAUUAAUAUUUACAAAUGAUGAUGAACCAAAACGAUGAUAAUGCAUUUUCAGAGUAAUUGAUGUUUAAUGAGAAAGAGGAAAGCAUAAAAUAAAAAAGAAAGAUGAAGCAUUUUUGGGGUUUACCAUAGUGAAGGAGACAAAAGUCGCUACCUUUAACGCUUUCACUUUGUCCAAGUGCUUGCUUCUCUGUUCUCUCUCUCUCUCUGCCCGCACCACACACUUUUCUCUCCCUCCAACAGUAGAUUUCAUCUCCCAUUUCAAGUCCUAGAAAAAAAUCAAAUCAAACUCAAUCGAAUCUGUAAACCUUGCUUCAUUAAUGGCGACCUUAACUCUCACUCCUUCUACUCCUGCCUUUAUUCUCACUCUUCUCCACAACAUCUGAAGCUAAACCAUCCUUCACCUUCACCAGCUUCCGUAAAAACUCGACCUUUGACUCCGACGACAUUCGGCGAAGCAAAGCUCCUCGACGGCGGAUCUUCGGUUUCAAUCCAGCUGAAUGACUCAGUGAGUCACAAUAGUGGGCGAGUUGUCCAGCGGAUUCAUUGCACACUCAAGAAUAUGGUGUCGAUUGAUCGAUCCGUUUGAGAAGGGGAAAAGGCAAAGAAAUGAGUCGUGGAAUAGAUCGAUCGCCUAACUGUUUUAGGAUGCUAAGGGAAGAGAUGAGAUGAGAUGAGAUAGAGCUAGGGGUACACAUCGUGUGGGCUUGGUUACAAAUGAUGAUGGGCUUACGGAUUUUAAAUUAGAAGACCCAAGAUCAACCCAAACUUGGCUGACGUGGAUAAAAAAAGACACUCCAUUGGUUGAUUAAAUGGCCGACGUGGAUAGCCUGUAUGCUCUUCGUAUUCUGCUUUUAGUAAUGUUAGAUGAUUUAUGCAGUCACUCUAAUGAAAAUAAAAACAGUGUUAAAACUUAAGAUCCGUGAAUACAAUUUAGCCUAAACCGUGAACCAGACAAUGAACUUUGGUAUAGUUCACACAAAUCAAUUUCCAUGGAAUUUAACUUUAACCAUGUCUUCAAUUCAUACUUAGACUUAAAAUAUACAUUUUUUUGAACAAAACUUAAAAUAUACAUAUUUGGUUAAAUAAUUGUAAUUAUGACUAUACUCAUGUACGUGAAAAAUGUAUUUCCAAUGAAAGAUGACGUUACAAGCAAUUAAAACUUGAUCACCAUUUACAUUUUUUUAUAUAAUAACCAUUUUUGUCUUUUAAUGUAGUACUUAAAUUCCAAUGAACGAUGGUGUUUCACAUAUUGAAUUCAUAGGAUGUCAAUACUUGUUAUAGUCGAAUGUUACGUUUGUUAAGAGAUUGAGAAUAAAUUAUGAGUCCACUAAACAAUAUCUUAUGAAAAAAAAAACAUUUUUUCUGCAACGUACUUUACACCUAUGAGUUUCAAGUAUUGUAUGAUUUUUGGUAAACAAUACUUGCUUGAAUUUUAUUGAUACGGUGCUAUGUCGAACAUGAGAAAUUCAUAUUAUACAUGAAAUAUGGUUAGUGGCUAAGGAUGUUUGGAAACGCCUUCCAAAACCUCGUACGAUGAAGAAUAUAUGUUCGUAAAAUUAUUGUGCCUAUUAAUAGCUUAUAUAUAUGUGUACAGUAGUUGGACUUUAUAUAUUAUACAAAUGGUAUAUUUUAUAAAUACUCUAGUACAGAAUGGUCAUUUAAUUAGUUAGGCUGAGAAGCAUUGUGGACAUGACACCUCAACAAAUAUGACAUGAUGUAAAUAAGUAUCAAAAUAAAUGUUACUCUUUGAAUUUGUUUCUCUAUUAAUAAAAAGGGGAUAUGCUGACAAAAAAACACUCAUCAUAUCUCCAGCUUUGACACAUGUGAUGGAAACUUAAAAUCAAUACUAAAUUUAGACAAAUUAAACAAAGAUAAAUUGACUAUUUUUAGUUAUUUGACAGAUGAUUUUAAUAUCCUACAACAUUUUAUUUUAAAUGCUUAGUAAGAUUUCCUCAAUGAUUAAAGCAUUUGAGUAGUGUUUUGGUAUGUCAAAAGUUAAAAUUGAUACAAAGAAGUUUAAAAGGAAAAAAAUAAUAAAGAUAUAAGAAAUAAAUAGUGUAAAAUAAAUAGUGUAAAGUAAAUAACCACUUUUGGUUCAGAUAACAUUUUUUUUUACAAAAUGUAUUUGUCUAGAUACCAUAACAACAAGCAUUUGAAAAUCAUCUUUAUUAUUGAUAUUAAAAUUUGUAUAUUACAUAAAAAGAACUUUUGUAAAUAUGUGCAUUAGAGGGAAAAAAAAUUGUUUAGUUUUGAUUAACAAUUUGAAGUUGCUUACUAAUAAAAGUUGAAAAUAAUCAUUUUCAGACCACUAUUCUGAACCACCUUUUUUGAAACAACUUCUGAACCUAUAAAUUUAUUUUUGUUCAAAACUCAAAGGUAAUAGUUAAUGAAAAGGGCAAAACAAAGCUAAGAAUUAUUUCAAGAGUUAAAGCACCAUCAUCAUCACCAAACCAAAAGUUUGAAAGCUUUCAAAAGCAUAUAAAUACAUAACUCUCGAAAGUGUUGAUAUCAUUGGUUCACUCAUAGCCACCAUCUUCUCUCUUGGAUCUCCUUGUUUUCUCCUCUAAUCAUCACAUUUUCAUAAUGGUUUCAAGAAGAAAAUCUGAUCUACUUUCAAAUUUACCUGAUUGCCUUCUUGUUACAAUCAUAUCUCUCUUGCCUUUCAAACAAUCUGUUCAGACAAGUAUUCUCGCCAGACGAUGGAAGAAUCUUUGUCUUGAAACAACAAACCUCGUAUUCAAAGAAUCUGAGUUUGUGAACCUAUCUACUGAUACAGAAACCAUAAAGUCUAAGAGGAGUUUGUUUGUUAGCACUAUGUGUCAAUGGAUCUCUAGCUUUACUGGUGAAGUCAUUGAAAGUUUAGAGUUUUCUCUUUCUGAACCAGUGUCUUUCGAGAAAGCGAUCGUAUCUCUAACAGAAUUUGCAGCCUCAAAACAAAUAAAAAAUAUAACUAUUGAUUUCUCAAGCCCUGCCUCAAGAAAAAUUGAUGUAAUAGAGCAUUUGGUCACGUUGAUGCAUUAUCAAAAUACUAAAUUCGAUAUUACUCGUAUCUUUUUCAAUCUGAUACAUGUUAGGAACCUGACGAUCUGCUCUUUUCUUAUUCAGAUGAUCCAAGAAUGUGAAGAUCCUAUGGAAAUGCAUGAUGCGAUGGAAGCACGACAUUUGGUGAUGAAGACUAAUCUGCAUGCAAAUGAGUUCGUGGGCAUUAAAAUAUUUCUCAAUAGCUGUCCAGAACUGGAAUCUCUCACGUUCCAUAUGGAUGCUACUGAGCGUAUCGUGAGAGUUUCGAUGCCAUUAGAUCCGAAAGCGUUUUGGCUCACCAACGAUACGUAUGCGUGUUUGGAAAGGACCCUUAAACUUGUGAAAAUAAAAAACUUUCGUGGCGGCCCCAACGAGUUACAUGUUCUGAAGUACUUGAUGAGAAGGGGACUCGUGAUGGAACAGCUUGACCUUUAUGAGGCAAAGGGAUUGAACGAUGAUCAAAGGAGGUUGGUACUGACUGCAGCCGAGGAGGUUCAGAAGAAUGUCGAGAGAGGUUCGAAGCAUUUGAGAAUUACUUUGCACAAGGCUUGAUUGAAGCAUUUUAGAGUUUUUUUAGUGAAAACUGGACACUGAUCUUUGCUAGUUAUGCAUAUAAGUUUUUUUUUCUUUGACGACGCCUAUAAGUUAAUAUUAAGGGUGGAUAUCUCAAUGUUUUAUUUGGAUAUGAAAAAUUAGUUUGCUUGGUUCGAAGAUUUAAUUGUUGUAGUUUUUGGUUUGGUUAGGUUUGAAUUUCAGAAACCUUAUCUUUAAUAAUAUAAAUUUGAAAUUUUAUGUUAAAAAAGUAAAUAUAAAUUUUAAAUUUUAUAGUAAAAGUAAAAUUUUAACACGGUUUUAAUUAAGAAAUUUCUAGUAAAAUAUAUGUUCAAAUGUACAAAAAAAAAAUUGAAUUCACUAAGGAUAUGAAUGGUGAC